ACGGUCACCCGGGCCCGCCGCCUCCCGCUCCCCCUGGGCCGCGCACCGCCUCCACGCCCUCCUCCUCCUUCUCCCCCGGCCCGGGCGCCCUGGCACCGGGAACCGUUGCCUGACGCGCGAGGCCCAGCUCCACUUUUCGCCCCGUGUCUCCUGCUGCUGCUCUCCUCCUCCAACUCCUCCAACUCCCUCGCCCUCUGACUCCGCUCGCGAGCCCCCGACACCGCGCCCGCCCGCCACUUUCCGUCCACAGUCCCAAAGGUUGGAGCGCGUCCGCCCCGGCCCGCACCAUGGCACGGUUCGGCUUGCCCGCGCUUCUCUGCGCCUUGGCCGCGCUCAGCGCCGCACUGCUGGCUGCAGAGCUCAAGUCGAAAAGUUGCUCGGAAGUGCGACGUCUCUACGUGUCCAAAGGCUUCGACAAGAACGAUGCCCCCACGCACGAGAUCAACGGUGAUCAUCUGAAGAUUUGUCCCCAGGAUUAUACCUGCUGCUCUCAAGAGAUGGAGGAGAAGUACAGCCUGCAAAGUAAAGAUGAUUUCAAAAGUGUGGUCAGCGAACAGUGCAAUCAUUUGCAAGCUGUCUUUGCUUCCCGUUAUAAGAAGUUUGACGAAUUCUUCAAAGAACUACUUGAAAAUGCGGAGAAAUCCCUGAAUGACAUGUUUGUGAAGACUUACGGCCGCUUAUACAUGCAGAAUUCUGAGCUAUUUAAAGAUCUCUUCGAAGAAUUGAAGCGCUACUACGUGGUGGGAAAUGUGAACCUGGAGGAAAUGCUCAAUGACUUCUGGGCUCGCCUUCUGGAGCGGAUGUUCCGCCUGGUGAACUCCCAGUACCACUUUACAGAUGAGUAUCUGGAAUGCGUGAGCAAGUACACGGAGCAGCUGAAGCCCUUUGGAGACGUCCCUCGGAAGCUGAAGCUCCAGGUUACUCGUGCAUUUGUGGCAGCCCGUACUUUUGCUCAGGGCUUAGCGGUGGCAAGAGAUGUAGUGAGCAAAGUCUCGGUGGUCAAUCCCACGGCCCAGUGUACCCAUGCCCUGUUGAAGAUGAUCUACUGCUCCCACUGCCAGGGUCUCGUGACCGUGAAACCGUGUUACAACUACUGCUCGAACAUCAUGAGAGGCUGUUUGGCCAACCAAGGGGACCUUGAUUUUGAGUGGAACAAUUUCAUAGAUGCUAUGCUGAUGGUGGCCGAGAGGCUAGAGGGUCCUUUCAACAUCGAGUCGGUCAUGGAUCCCAUCGAUGUGAAGAUUUCUGAUGCUAUUAUGAACAUGCAGGAUAAUAGUGUGCAGGUGUCUCAGAAGGUGUUCCAGGGAUGUGGACCCCCAAAGCCCCUCCCAGCCGGACGGAUUUCCCGUUCCAUCUCUGAAAGUGCCUUCAGCGCUCGCUUCAGACCCUAUCACCCUGAGGAGCGCCCGACCACAGCCGCUGGCACUAGUUUGGACCGACUGGUUACUGAUGUCAAGGAGAAACUGAAACAGGCCAAGAAGUUCUGGUCCUCUCUUCCUAGCAACGUAUGCAAUGACGAGAGGAUGGCUGCAGGAAAUGGCAAUGAGGAUGACUGCUGGAAUGGAAAAGGCAAAAGCAGGUACCUGUUUGCGGUGACAGGAAACGGAUUAGCCAACCAGGGCAAUAAUCCAGAGGUCCAGGUUGACACCAGCAAACCAGACAUCCUGAUCCUUCGUCAAAUCAUGGCUCUUCGAGUUAUGACCAGUAAAAUGAAGAAUGCUUACAAUGGGAAUGAUGUGGACUUCUUUGACAUCAGUGAUGAAAGCAGUGGAGAAGGAAGUGGUAGUGGAUGUGAGUAUCAGCAGUGCCCUUCGGAGUUUGAGUACAACGCAACUGACCACUCUGGGAAGAAUGCCAACGAUAAAGCCAGCAGUGCUGGUGCCCCCCCUGGGGCACAGCCCUACCUCCUCAUUGUCUUCUGCAUCUUGUUCCUGGUAAUGCAGAGAGAGUGGAGAUAAUUCUCAACCUUAGAGAAAAAGUGUUCAUCAUCAAAAAGUUAAAAAGGCACCGAUUAUCACUUUUAUACCAUCCUAGUGACUUUGCUUUUUAAAUGAAUGGACAACAAUGUACAGUUUUUACUAUGUGGCCACUGGUUUAAAAGAUGCUGACUUUGUUUUUUUCAUUCAGUUUCGCGGUGGGGGAAGGGACUUGCACAUAAAGUCAGUUCCUGCUCCCCCAGAAUCAUGUUAACUGUGGCUAACAGUGUAGGUACAGAAACUGUAGUUAGUUGUGCAUUUGUGAUUUUUAUCACUCUGUUUGUUUGUUUUUUUCUUUUUGUUUGUGGGUUUUUUCCCUUCCAUAUGAUCUCACCUUGUUUCUUACAAGCAAACCAGGGUCCUUUCUUGGCAUGUAACAUGUACGUAUUUCUGAAAUAUUAAAUAGCUGUACAGAAGCAGGCUUUAUUUAUCACGUUAUCUUAUUAAAAGAAAGCCCAACAAGCAGUAAAAUUGCCAUUGAUCCCUGUUGUUUUAGUUGCCUUAUCUGGAGAGGAGAGGAGCUGAUUUUGUGUUUUUUUAUUUUUAUUGUUAGAACAGAAUGUGAAGGCACAGGGGGACUUCUGAGCCCUUUGUCAGGUUGUAUUCGAGCAUCAGUACAGAAGAAGGUUAUACUUCAUUUAUAGCUGGUGACUGGAAGAGACUGAGACUGCAGACUACUCAUUUUGGUUGAGUCGAAUUGCAUAAACUAAGAUCACAUAGCGAUAGAUCCAUUUCUUGAAGCCACUUAUACUUAAAGUGUAACCCAUCUAGAAGAUUCUUAAUGCAUUCUCCCUAGAAAGACAUAAGGCAUUCAGCAUAUCCCAGUUAUCACAUGUUCACACUUAGUUUAGGGUGGGUUGGGUUUGGCUUUUUUCAAUCCAGGCACAUUAGCAAGCCGCUGUGUGCUGGUCUUCGCGUCCACACUUGACCCUCUUUGGAUUAAUAUCCCCACGGCAGAAAUAAGUGACCAGCAAUCUCCUUUGGUCCCUCUUGUUCCAGAUUUCAAACCGGUCAUGCUGGCUGUCCGGGGCCUAGCCAGAAUAAGAGUACAGCCUGGGCUCAGAAAAUAGCUGUCAAAAAUAGCAAAGGUUUUGUCUGUGUGUGUGUAUUUGCAUUUGGUUUUGGAUCCCAGGUUUUUAAAAGGAUGCUAAGGUGUUCUUAUUUGAGUCUUUUUCUUGCCCAGCCCCCUCUGAUAAGGAAGGCAAGUGACCUGCCGUGCGUGGCUCACAGCUGUGUGCUAACCAGCAGCCAGGCAGCCCACCUGGGGAGAGCUGAGUGUCCAGAUUUUUUUAAUGUGUUGUUGGGGUUUCUUUGGGGGGGUGGGGGAGGAGUGGGAGUAGGAUAACGCUGAGAAGCCUCCAUCUUAGUGGUGGCCCUCAGCCACGUCGGUGAACUAGCGUAGGCAUCUCUUGCCCCAGGCCAAAGACGAACCACUGCCUUGGUCCCGUAGGAGCCCUUUCCUUGCAUCCUUUCCAAAUGACGGCUCAUAAAACCAUGAGAAUGUAACAGAUCACUUUAAACGGAGUUCCCAGAAGUCUUCAGAAAGAAGAAAAUUUCUGCAAGUCUCUUCCUGCUUUAGACAGCCAUUACCAUCCCAGCCAACGCUACAGAAGCUGAAACCCACGGGAGAGGUUGUUUGUGUUAUUGUUCGAUCUUCAGUUGUAAAAGUAAUUCUCUAUUUUUAUAUUGAAACAUAAUUACUUGAUAGCUCAGGGUCUACAUUUCAUUCAACUUUUUACACCAAAUUCUGCAGAAUGGUCAAAAUUGAAUAUUGGGGGCUGUUGUAAACAAGAGGCUUAAUUUUAUUAGAAGUAGCCAGUUAUUUAUUAAAGCAUGAUGUUAAUAAAAUAGGCAUAUUCUGGCUGGUGUGUGUAAGUGUUUUGUUUUGUUUUUUAAAACAAAUCACAGAAGGCAUAAAAUUGAAAAGGCGCUCCAUUUAUGUAUGAGGAAAAAUUGAUUGUAAAUAGCUAAACUGCCUUGUGAGAACUUGGAAAAUGUGCUGAUACUUAGUAACUACCUCAGUUGUGAGGAAUUUCCUUUUUAGCUUAGUCUGCUAUUACUUUUACUUGGUAGAAAUGAAUCUGGUCUCCAAAAUGUGGCUCAAAGAGUUAUCCCCAUAGACCUUGUUAGAUUGUUUUUAAUUUAAAACCUUGAACUCUGCCCAGCUGUUUUCUUUCAGUCAAGUUCUUGAAACCAAUAACAUUUUCCGAAUUAAAUAUUCUUGAAGGUU